GGGAAAUAAUCGGAUCUUGUCUACAAGACGAGUAGUAAUUCAAGCACAAUGUUGCCAGGGGCAUAAGGCCAUCUUCUAAUGAUAAUUAAUACCGAAGUAUUAAAGCUUUUAAUUAUUUAAUUUCCAAAUGCAUUUAAACAAGUUUAAGUGAACAUCGUACAAAAAUCAAAUAGGACUUUGAUGCUUCUCGAAUUUAGUAAAUUUGAUUUUUAGGUUUUCAUAUGGCAACACUGCUAUGGUAGUUUGUAAACAUACAGCAAUGUUAAAUGUUCUAUAAUGUUUUGUUACUUAAAAAAUAAUUAAAACCAAUAAACAAAUAAGAUGGCAUCCUCCCAAGAUGCCUGGUAUUUAUCUUUACUCGGCCUGGCUGAGCAUUUCAGAACUUCCAGUCCUCCGAUGAUAAAGUUGUGCAUCCAGUGUUUACAGGCUGUAUUUAAUUUUAAACCGCCUCAAAGGGUGGAAGCCCGGACGCAUUUACAAUUAGGAAAUAUAUUAUUGACUCACACAAAGAAUAUAGACCUGGCCAAGACGCAUCUAGAACAAGCAUGGCACCUCUCCCAAGUCAUCAACUCAUUUGAUGAUGUCAAGUUUGAAGCGGCAAGUGUAUUGGCGGAACUAUAUGAGCAGCAAGAAUAUAUUUCUUUGUCGAAACCUAUUUUAAGGAAGGCUAUCGAGCUUUCACAGCAUAAUGUUUAUUGGCAUUGUAGAUUAAUAUUUCAGUUAGCUCAAAUACACGCUUCAGAGAAGGAUUAUGCUGCCUCGUGUAGCUUGUUAGGGGUAGGAGUGGACUAUGCUCAUAUUUCCAAUGCCUUAUAUACUCGUUUAUUAUUUUUACUGAGUAAAGGAAUGUUAUUAUUAAUUAGUAAGCAAUUACAUGAAGUUCAACCACUUUUAAAUCAAGCUGGACAUUUAGUAGAAACAUGGACUGGAGCAGCUUACCAAAAAGAAUAUCUUAAGGUUUAUUUUUUGGUAUUACAGGUGUGUCAUUACAUAAUGGGUGGACAAAUAAAAAGUGUAAAGCCAUGUUUAAAACAGCUCCAGCAAAGUAUACAAACCAUUAUGGCUACUGAAGAUGUUUUUACUGGCCCUAGCGCAGGAGAUAUGUUUAUGUGGAUGCCAAAGGAGCAUUUGUAUGUUCUUGUUUACUUAGUGACUGUAAUGCACAGUAUGCAGGCUGGUUAUAUGGAAAAAGCUCAAAAAUAUACGGACAAAGCCUUGAUGCAAAUAGAAAAAUUAAAAAUUGUUGAUAAUAAGCCAAUUCUAUCUGUAUUCCAACUGAUGCUCCUGGAGCAUAUAAUCAUGUGCCGGCUGGUGAUGGGCAACAAAACCCAGGCUCUCCAGGAAAUAUCCGCGGCCUCAAAUUUGUGCAGGCAGUGCCCCAAACUGUUACUCAGACACGGGCCCCAACUGCACACCCUUUUGGGCCUCUAUUCCAUGAGCAUGAACUGCAUGGAGGCUGCAGAGGCUCAAUUCAUGACUGCCCUAAAUACUUCGCAAGAUAGAGAGUUGUGGACUUUCGCCAAUUUGAAUUUGGCUAUCGUGUACUUAAGAGGCAAAAGGGAGAACGAUUUUAAUGCUUUACACGACCGGAUUAAUCCGGAAAGUUUGCCGUCGCAUUCGCACAGUUUAAGAGCCGCUGCUUACUACGUGCAAGGCUUGCAAGCGUUUUUCCAAGGCAAAUACAACGAAGCAAAGAGAUAUUUAAGGGAAACACUCAAAAUGGCGAAUUCCGAGGAUUUAAAUAGACUGACAUCGUGUUCUUUGGUGCUUUUGGGACACAUAUUUUUAUCUUUAGGCAAUAGUAGGGAAAGUAUGAACAUGGUUACGCCAGCAAUGCAGCUGGCCAGCAAAAUACCGGAUGUUCAUGUACAACUUUGGGCCUCUGCAAUUUUAAAAGAUUUGUACAGGAUUUGUAACGACUCGGCAAGGGAAAACGAAGCCUUCCAACGUCACGUGAACUUUUCCAACAUGCUGUUAAACGAUCACUUUACAGCUUCGCAAAUGCAGGAGCACAACUUGAUUAUGUGGACUCAGGGUAAUUUUCCGGUCAAUACGCCAGCGAUAGCUGCUAGCACAUCGAACGUAAUGUGCAACAACCUUUAAAGUCGCGAGACGGUCUUAAAUUAUUUUUGUACUAAUACUAUAGUUUAAUAUAAUAUUUUAAUACCUUUAUUCAUUUGUUUUUUAAUAAUAAAAUACCUACCUUAUCUUAUUUUCGUUUUAAUACAAAGAGUUUUUAUAAAAAACAUUUAUUGAAAGUUUUGGAAUGUCCUUAUAAUAUACAGGUAAAACCAUAUAAUUCUCUUAACAAAUCAUUAUUUCUUUGAAUAUCACAGAUGCAUUAUAUGGCUCAACUAGGAAAACAACUAAAAUAUCUAUCAUAUAAAAAACUAAACGUAACUUGUCAAUCUUAUAACAUUAACAUGCUUUUAAAACAAAACAAACAAUAUCAUUCAUUUAUAAAUAACGAACAGAACGCAAACAUGAUAAUAAACCUAAAAAGUAUUUCGCGAGAUUCUUCUUUAAAAAUAAUGCGUAACGACAAGUAUGUAGCAGUGCACGUGAAAUAUUCCCUUCACCAGUCGUCUUCCAGCUCUUCGGCGGGC